UUUCCGCUUCUUGACUCCUCCCAUUUCCCAGAGUUCUCUCUCUCCGACGUCCGCCAUUGUGGUGACAGGGUGGCAAUCUCGCAAUGUCGUCCCACAAAACGUUCCGUAUCAAGCGCUUCCUCGCCAAGAAGCAGAAGCAGAACCGGCCGAUCCCGCAGUGGAUCCGCAUGAAGACCGGCAACAAGAUCAGGUAUAACUCUAAGAGGAGACACUGGAGGAGGACCAAGCUGGGAUUGUAGAUGCUCUGCUCCAGAUGUCCCAUGCCCCAUUGCUCACCUCCAUCCCAUCAGAAGACCAUUAUCCAGUCCUGCGGGAAAUCCACAGGAUCUGGGACUGCUGUCUACGCCUUUUGUACAGAUACUUCUGGUUAUGUCAGUAUGUCAACAAUAAAGUGACAUGAAGUGGAAAAA